GUAAAAUCUCGAGUUGCGUUUGGAAAGCCGUUGGUUGAACAAGGCAAGAUCAUCGAAGAUAUUGCGAAAUCUCGUAUGGAGAUUGAACAAGCAAGGUACUGUAUACGAAAUAUGUUUCAAACACUUAAAAAUUAACCGUUAUUGAAUGAAAAUAUACCAUGUGUUAGACAGUGCUACGUGUUGUGUAAACAUGAAGAAAACGUUAACAAAACAAGAAUUGUUAUGUUAAAAGGGUGUUUUUUUCGUCUCUUCAAAAUUAAACUUUUUGUAUGAUUGGAAAAGUUUUGUAUUUUAAUUGGUAUUUUCCUAGAUUACUGACAUUGAAAGCAGCGCAACUUAUGGAUACAGUUGGUAAUAAGGUGUGUGUCUAUAGUAUCGCAAUACAGUAGAAGAUUUUUGGAGUGUCUGCCAGUACCGCAUUGGAGUCUAUAGUAUCACAAUACAGUGUAAGAAUUUUGGGGUGUCUGCCUUAGCUUACUCCGCAGGCGUCUCUAUAGGGUCAGGUGUCCAAACAAUCUCAUCUAAUUUUUUUUCGGAACCCUAUCCUAUAGAUGUGCCAGCGGAGUAUACUAUGUCUGCCUGUCCGUCUGCUUGUCUCUGUGGUUGUCUACUCCUCAUCCAUUCUAUUUGCUUAUCGUAAUUUUCCACUUUCAGGCAGCCGCGCCCGAGAUUGCGAUGAUUAAAGUAGUAGCACCAGCGAUGGCACAAAACGUCACAGAUAGAGCGAUACAGGUAACCUUGGCUGCACUGCAUUCUUCCGGUAGACGCCAUAAACCACGACAGCUCAUCAACGAGGUUUAGAUUUGUCUUUCACUACCGCAUCUGAUUGGUUAAUCGGGCAGAUUAAACGCAUGUGAUUGGUUAAUGGUCUCAAAUCUGUUUAUUGGAGUAAAGCGGAAAAAAACAGUACGAAUUACAAUGUAUCCCGUAAAACAGCUCCUAAAAUCUCUUCAUUCCCUUGCAGGCGUUCGGUGGCGCUGGUGUCUCAUCUGACGUCCCAUUGGCUCAGUUCUGGGCGUUGUCGAGAAUUCUACGUUUGGCAGACGGCCCUGACGAGGUACAUAGGAGAGCCGUGGCUAGGAUGGAAUUGAAGAGACAUGAUAUGAAGAGAUAGGUAUGGAUAAUAUGAUGUUAUAUACUAGGGAUAGUUAGGGAUAUUGCGGUUGAAUUGUGGAUAAUGAAACUGAUAAGACGUGAUACGGAGGGAUAGGUAUGGAUAAUAUGGUAUUAUAUGUGAUGGGAUAUGAAUAAUGGAUAUUAUAUAAGGAUAUGAAUGGGGACGUUGCGGUAGAAUUCCUGAUAAAUCAAAACUGAAAAUUCCUGAUAUAAGAGUUAGGUAUAAAAGAUACUUUAUUGACAUUAUAUGAUAAAUAGUAGCUUGACUGAGAUUGCUUUUUCUGCAGCUUUUGAUGACUUGCUUACCUAGCUAUUCGCGCAAAUGUCAGGCUUCAUUUAAAGUAAUAAUUAAUGAGGUUAAUUAAUUAAGUCAAAUUAAAAGGUAGCUUAUCAGUUUAUGUGGUAGCAAAAUGAUCUAUUUCAAUAUUGUCAAAAUUGAUAAGAAAUGAAUAUGGAAUUUUAUGCCAUAAAUUGGUAAACUGUACUAUAUCACACUUCCAUAAAUCGACUGUAAAUGUUGUAAAAUGUUAAUAUAUACAGUGUGUUGUUGC